AGAAAAAAAAAAAAAAAAAAAAAAACCACAGUGACCCUGGAGACGAUCCAAAAGGAACACACCUCCGUGUUGCAAAAAAAAAAAAAAGACGUAUACAUAACGUCAGGAAAGCCAAUAAAAAUUUACUACGACAGAGUCAUUAAGGUUCUGAAUAGUGGCGCCAAACAAUUGGAUCUGCUUAUCGAUGGAGACAACAGACAGGCAAACAAUCCAUGUAACCCAUUCGGGGAGGACCACCAAGUAUCCAUUCAUGCUGUUGGGACAAAUAUCCUAAGAGCGUCAUACGUCCUGCAGGACGUUAUAAACUUUUAUUGUAAUUUUUUAAACAGGGUACACCAAAUGGCAAGGAAAGAUAAGAAGCCAAAGCUUGUCGAUGUUUUCUCUCUCGUUAACGUAGACGUGAAAAGCAAAACGUUGCAUAUGAAUGAUACAGUAAUAGCUAACACGUAUACGGUGAAGGAGGAGUUCCUACAAGACGACUACGAUGCUGUCAUAGCCUUUGCGAGGCAGCCUUAUGACCCCGCUUUGCACAAGUACAGGGAGAGGACCAAGGAGCGAAGAGUUACCGGAGUCGUCAUCUCGAUAAAGAAGAAUCCCACCAUGUUG